UUUUUACUGCCAGGCCGUGGUGUCUGCUGUAAAAUUCUGCAGUUUAGCUGGACCAAAACGUCUUAAAGAUGUCGGAAAAGGACGGGGAUCUUGGCAGACCGACGGAGGACGGGCUGCCCUCGCCCAUAGACUAUCCAGCAGCCGAGGGGACCGCAGAAAUGGUCGCUACUCCGGAGGCAGAUGCCGCAGAUUCAGAAAACCUGAUCACAGGUCCGCGUAUGCUGAGCCUGAUGUCCACGUCCAGUACUCCUGACAAUGAGCAGGCACCGCUGAAGAACUACACAGGACAGGACCCCCCCUUCACCUGCAGCCCCAGUCAGGGACUUACCAUUAUCAUCACGGGGUGGGUCAGCAUGGCUGUCGUCAUCACAGUCGCUCUCAUCAUACAGAUAUAUGUCGGACCUCCUCAGGUUGUCCCCCAUGGCGCGGUGGUGUCAGACGCAGCGCUCUGUUCCGACAUCGGGACAGACGUACUGAAGAACAAGGGUUCUGCCGUGGAUGCCGCCAUCGCGACUGUUCUGUGUCAUGGGGUCGUCAAUCCACAAGUCUCAGGGAUUGGAGGGUAG